CCUUUCCUCCUCCCCGCCCCACCAACACUCCAACCCACACCACCAGCCACACCAUCUCCCACUCGUACGCAGCCAAAUCCGCCUCCCAUCCAGCGCCCGCCCACCACAGUUCCAGUGAGUUCGAGCGAGGUAAGCUUAGAUCUGAGCGAGUUCUCGCGCGUCGCAGGUAAAGUUCACUCUCGGCCCUCUUCUUCCCUCUUGUUUUCUUGGUCUGGUUUUCGCCUUCAUCGAGCAGACAGCGAGAGACCCGGGGCCUUUUCGAUCCUGGGCUUCAGAUCUGCUAUUUCUUGUUCUGUUUGGGUUUUAGCAGUCUAGGUUGCUAGUUCGGUAGCCAAGAGAGGUUCUUUUUCCACACCUCCCUUGUGCAAGUUCGUGUGCAGAUCUACCACCGGAGGCCAUCUGUUUUUACUGUGGCUGUUGGGUUCUGCCUGUUUUGUUCUUGGUUUGCUAGAGAGAGAGAAAAAAACAAAAAAAAGAGUUUUUCUUCAGAUCUGCUAUAGUCUAGAUGGCUGCCGUUAUAGAUCUGUCCGGGGAGGAGCUGAUGAGAGCACUCGAGCCUUUUAUCCGGGAUGCCUCUGCUCCUCACGAAUCCAGUCCGCUUCUCCAACACCACCACCCUCUCAGCCCCACUUCGCCGUUCUCUUUCCACCACGCCGCCGCCUACGGUAGGUACCCGUUCGCCGGAACCGAGGGGGCGGGCCAGCUGAGCCCGGCCCAGAUGCAGUACAUCCAGGCCCGCCUCCACCUGCAGCGCCAGACGCAGUCCUCUGUCCUGGCCCCGCGGGCCCAGCCCAUGAAGGUCUCGUCGGCGGCCCCGACCCCGCCGCGGCCGCAGAAGCUGUACCGCGGCGUGCGGCAGCGCCACUGGGGCAAGUGGGUGGCGGAGAUCCGCCUCCCGCGCAACCGCACCCGCCUCUGGCUCGGCACCUUCGACACCGCCGAGGAGGCGGCGCUCGCCUACGACCAGGCCGCGUACCGCCUCCGCGGCGACGCGGCGCGCCUCAACUUCCCCGACAACGCCGCCUCCCGCGGCCCGCUCCACGCCUCCGUCGACGCCAAGCUCCAGCAGCUCUGCCAGAGCAUCGCCGCAUCCAAGAAGGGCGCCAAGAAGUCCGCUCCCGCCGCCGCAGCCGCCACGUCCUCCGCCUCCGCCCCCACCAGCAACUGCUCCUCGCCGUCCUCCGACGACGCGUCCUCGUCCUGCCUCGAGUCCGCCGCCGAGUCCUCGUGCCCCUCCCCGUCGCCGUCCGCCUCCCCCGAGUCGGCGGUGCCGGAGAUGCAGCAGCUGGACUUCAGCGAGGCGCCGUGGGACGAGGCCGCCGGCUUCGCCCUCACCAAGUACCCGUCGUACGAGAUCGACUGGGACUCCCUCCUCGCCGCCAAUUAACCACCUUCUUGGCUCCUUACUACUACUAUUAUUACUACAGCAGCAGAGGCUUAACGGCCGUCGCGCAGAUGGUAUUUUUGACAUCUCGCGCGGGCACUAGUGGAUUAUUAGCUCUAAACCCGUUCGUUUUGUGUAGAUGUUUCAGGAUUCGUUUUUGGUGUUGGUGUCAGUCAGUUGUAGAUGUCUGUUAGGUUCUGGUUCCCGGAGGGGAGAACCAGCCGAUGGGAGGCCGGCGUUUUUGUGUCCGGCGUCUCCCGGUGGUCGGUCGGUCACUGGUCAGUGGCUCCGGCCGGUCAAGUGUCCAUUGUUGUAGCUCUGUUUCUUGGUAGGUGCUGCUGCUGCUCUUGCUGUUCUACGGGUUGUAUGAGCAGCAGAGCAAGAUGUGAUAUUGUUAUUAGUAUGGUGUAAAAUCAGCUCGCGGUGUCGAGGACCUGUAAUCUGAUGAACUAUUAUUGUUAGUGCUAUAUAUUAUCUGUCUGUAAAAA